CCACAGCGACCGGAAACCCACAGGGUCGCCUCUGCGGCAGUCCCGGUCCAUGCCCAGGCUGCAUGCUGUCGUUGCCUCGCCCGAGGCAGCGGCCCCGUCCCAGCCAGCCAUGAUCUCGCCGCCCCAGUCGCCAGCCGCUCAUGAGUCCGUCCGCGAGCCUGCUCGGGUCUCGCUGGGGCCAAUGAGCCUGGGCGACCUCGAGCGACUCGCCACGGCCGAUGUGCCCUCCCGCGACCUCCUGGCCGACCCAUCCAACUUUCCUCUCAGCUUGCUGGCCAGGCCAGAGGGUCCCUCCAGCGGCGCCGGCGCUGCCAACCGGGGCUCUGUCUUCCUGGACGAGCAGGAUCUCGUGUCCGGCUACGAAACCUCGACCGACGACGAUGCGGCCUCGAUGCCCGGCUUUCGUGCUGUGCCCUGGGCCCGAGCCAAGGCCGAGCUUGCCCAGCGGCAGCAGAGCCUUUCGGCCAUGAGCGACUCGCUCGUCCACCGAGUUCCAUCGUCGUCGCCGUCGGUCGGGUCCCAGCGCCGCCCCAGCGAGCGCAUCAUGCUGGCCUCUGGCCGGACCCGCUCGGGGCUCAGUCGCUCGGGUGCCGAGGCCACCGAUGGGUCGAACGACGACAGCGACGUUGGAUCUCCAACCCAGGCGAGACAUCCAAGCCAAGUCCAUUACCACUCGCACCCUCACCCGCAUCGACAGGGCCAUCGCUUCGACAUCCAUCCAAAGAUCGCUGCAGCCGCACCUUAUCUCGCCCGACUCGAAACUACCACAGACCAGGUCCACCGCAUCCACUCGCUUCCAUCGCAGGCCUCGAUCACAACCAUCUCGCCACUUUCCGAGAUCUCGACUCCCAGCACCAUGCUCGCCCAGUCCAGCGAGACCGAGGGCACGCCCUUCCGGGCCCACAAUCGUGCUUCGAGCCCGUACAUGACCAUCGAGGAGCUUGCGGAAGCCGCCAGCGACUCACCCUCCGACCCCGAGAUCCCAGCCCAGCUUCACACGACUUUCCGCCCGACUCGGCUUGGCCAGACGCCCGAAACACCGGCCGGGAUCGUCACCGACGAUGCCGAGCCUGAGCCACUCCUGGUUUCCCCUGGCGUCGUCUUUACCCGCACGAUCCUGGAGCCGCUCUCGGAGGGAACCGAGGACGAGUCCGUGUCGCUGGCGAGCGGACGGGUCCCCGUCAAAUCUCUGCUCGACGUUAUCUCGGCCUACGACGCCGCCCAGGCCUCAAGCGAAGACUCUUCGGGAUCCCAGAGGGGUGGCCGGCCCACUGUGCUAUCGCCCGUGCCUCGGCGCAUGCCGGUGCCGUCAUUCCUGCUGGAGGCCUACAGCGACGCAACCGGCCUGGGUCGCCACGAAUAUGCCGAGCAAGCGCCCCACCAUCCCGAGUUUCGGCCGUCGAGCAUCCACAGCGACGGCAACUAUCCGCAGCCGUACCCGAGCGACGACGACGACCCGCAAAACAGCGCCUUCCUGGAGCUCUACCGAACGAUGCCGCACCUGAGGGGCUCGGCAAAGUCCCCGACGCAGUCCCCCUCGAUUCAAUCUUCCGCCCGCAUUGUGUCCGUCAGCGACAACCAGAGCACUCAUACCGUUGAGGACGUUCUGCAAAAGACCGAAGUGAUUCCCAUCGAGAUCACCGACCAGUGCAGGACCGCGGCGACGUCCGAGAAGCCAGCCAAGCGGUCUAUCUUCCAGCGAUGGUUCCGAUCGGGGCGCAAGUAGCGUGAGGGCGAGUCCAGUCUCGGUGCAGGCGUCGUGAUAUAAUGCAUGCGAUGUUGCGCACCUGCCGCCAAGCCGGGUCCAUGUCCCCCCCCCUUCUCAACUGCAUUUCGUCCCACUUGUGUUGGCGGCGAUUUUCCUAUCAUCAUUAUGUUUCCUUUCCAUUGCACAUCAUUUGAAAGUGGGGCCAUCCGCAGCCCCAUCAUCGCACCCUUCAACACGCCAUCGCACCCAUCGCACCCAUCGCACCCAUCGCACCCAUCGCACCCAUCGCACCCAUCGCAC